AUGGCUCCCUCUCCUGCGCCUCACGAAAGGUCCUCCGCCAUGUCGCCCUCGGCUCCUGCCCCCAUCGCCUCGACUGCCAAUGGUACCACAUCCCCUGCUUCGCGCAGACCGAUUUCAACCUCAAAACCUGCUGCUUCGCAACCGCAUGCUCAAAGAUCCGGAAGCAACAGCCCCAGAGCUGUGCUCGUCUCAGGCAAGGGCUCCCCCUCUAGCGCGUCAAAACCCGACGCCAACCUACCCAAAGUUGUCAUUAAGAAGGAGCCUGGUUCCCCAUCUCUCAACAACGCGCGGCCUCGGCCGCGUAAACUUGAUCUAUCCAAAAACACACUCAACGGCAACUCUCCCGCCUCGGCUCUUCCUUUGACCGCUAGAGAUGGUCUCGGAAUCCAAGAGGUUGGCCUGGCCUGCCUGUCCCCUGGCUUUGUCACGCAAAACCCUGUCAUGAAGGAGCAGCUCCAGCGCAGCCUGAGCGUUCGUGAACAACAGCGCAACAUUAUCGAAGCUCGUCUGCAGCAGUCGGCAAAGGGCGACGGUACCCAUCCUGAUCGUGACGGCGCCGAUCAAUUUUCUGCCAAGACGCCGGGACUGUCUUCUCAUCGCAGACGUGCCCCUCCUGGCCUCUCCAUUGUUGCGCCUUCCCAUGAGCAUUUUGCUCACGAGCGCGUGAUUCAAUCUGCGCCACUCGGCCACAGCUUCACCGGCCGCCACCACCCAGCACCGCUGUCGCGCCACGUUCCGACCCAACCAGGCCACGGCAGCCAAUCUCACAUUCACCACGUCCCUGCCGCGCAGACCAGCAACCGCCUGCCCCCCAUCUAUGACGUCUUCCCUCAUGGCCAACACGGCGACAGCCACCGCUCCAACUACGGCUCUUCUUCAGGUAUCCCGCUGGCCUCACCAAACCACCCACAGUCUGCGUACCCGGCUCCUCUAUCCGCCCGCCCAAGAGAAUACAAGUCGGCUGAAGACGCUCAGCAAGAAAUCGCCGGUGGUCGCCCUGAGCUCUUGCCCAAGAUUGUGCACUACGGCGGACAUCAACCCCCCACGCCACCCUCGCCUGUAGGUGGCCGCAUCAGCAGCAGCAACAGAAGAAGAAACCGCGCGGAAUACGAGGAUGGAGCUAGCCCGCCUCUCGGCCAUGGCCCUUCCUCGAGUAGACGCGGCCCCUUUGGCGCGGGUCGUGACAGCCCGGAAUCACAGCGUGCAAAGCGAGAAGAGUUUUUGCGAAUCUGCGAGCGCGCCUGGGAUCUUUUCCACUCGUGA